UUCCAACAUCAAUUUAAUAAUUGCAAUCAACAACUAUAUUUUAAACUGAAUUUCAAGGCAUUUGAGGCCUGGUGCCUACAAAUACGUAGUAGCCACCGGUAGCAGCUGUAUUAAUUCUUCAUUUCAUUAAUACUGCUUUGAGUUGAGAAAAUGGCAGAGGUGGAAAUGGAAAUGGAGAGUGAAAAGAAUAUGAAAGAAAGAAAAGUAUCAUGGGGAAAGCUGCGCCGAGUCGACUCGCUGAAUUUGGAGGCUGGUAGACUGUCCAUGUCUCAAACUCACCACUCAAGCUGGAAAAGCACCUUCAUUUUGGCAUUUCAAAGCAUUGGAGUCGUCUACGGAGACAUAGGAACCUCACCACUUUAUGUGUACGCAAGCUCUUUCCCCAACAACAUUGCAGCCAACGAUGACCUCCUCGGGAUAUUGUCUCUUAUCUUUUACACCAUAGUGCUCAUCCCCUUGCUUAAGUACGUCUUCAUCGUGUUACAUGCCAAUGACAAUGGUGACGGUGGCACAUUUGCACUCUAUUCAUUGCUAUCGCGAUAUGCAAAAGUGAGCUUGAUCCCCAAUGAGCAGCCAGAGGACAGACAACUUUCCAACUACAAUCUUCAAGUCCCUUCCACCCAGUUGAGACGUGCUGAAAAGAUCAAACACAAGCUGGAGUCCAGUAAAACCAUCCAACUCAUUCUUUUCUUCGUCACUAUUCUUGGAACUUCUAUGGUCAUCGGAGACGGAGUCCUCACCCCUUGCAUUUCAGUUCUCUCAGCAGUGGGUGGGAUCAAGUCACUCGGCCAAGAUGCUGUAGUUGGAAUUUCGAUAGCAAUCUUGGUCAUACUCUUCUCUGUUCAACGAUAUGGAACAGACAGAGUAGGCACGUCUUUUGCUCCGAUUAUUCUGUUGUGGUACUUGUUAAUCGGUGGCAUAGGUCUCUACAAUUUAUUCAAAUACGAUAUCACUAUUCUGCGUUCUUUGAAUCCAAAAUAUAUAUAUGAUUACUUCAGAAGAAAUGGCAAGGAUGCUUGGAUUUCACUUGGUGGAGUAGUCCUAAGCGUCACAGGAACUGAAGCUAUGUUUGCUGACCUUGGCCACUUUACUGUACGGGCAAUCCAAAUUAGUUUUUCUGGCCUCGUGUUUCCUGGUUUGCUAUUUGCAUAUGCUGGCCAAGCUGCAUAUCUCUCCAAAUUUCCUGAUGAUGUGUCUGAUACAUUUUACAAAUCAGUGCCGGAUCCAUUGUAUUGGCCAGCAUUUGUUAUGGCCGUAGCAGCUUCAGUAAUAGCGAGCCAAGCCAUGAUAUCAGCUUCAUUUUCAAUCGUUGCUCAAUCGCUAAGUCUGGGUUGCUUCCCGAGGGUGAAGGUUGUUCAUACUUCUACUAAAUAUGAGGGUCAGGUUUAUAUACCUGAGGUCAACUACCUGCUCAUGAUAUGUUGCGUUCUUGUUUGUUGGGCAUUCAAGACUACUGAAAAGAUCGGCCAUGCAUACGGGAUUGCUGUGGUUGCUGUGAUGGUAAUCACAACUGUAAUGGUUACACUGAUAAUGCUUGUUAUAUGGAAAGUGAGGGUUAUCUGGGUGGUGCUCUUCUCAGUAGGAUUUCUUUUAAUAGAAUGUGUAUAUCUAUCUUCUGUCUUGUACAAAAUCAAAGACGGCGGCUAUCUUCCACUGGCAUUUUCUCUUAUCCUAAUGACCGUAAUGGGGAUAUGGCAUUAUGUGCAUAAAGAAAGGUAUAUGUAUGAGCUUAGGAACAAGGUCUCCGCUGAGUACAUCACAGAUUUGGCUGCUAAUCCAGCUAUCAAGAGGCUGCCAGGGAUGGGGCUUCUCUACUCUGAACUUGUCCAAGGAAUCCCUCCCAUUUUUCCUCACUUCCUUUCUAACAUUCCUUCCACACACUCUGUUCUAGUGGUUGUUUCAAUUAAGUCUCUUCCUAUCAGUAAAGUAGCAUUGGAGGAGCGGUUUCUGUUCCGACAAGUUGGGCCGCGAGAGUACAGGAUGUUCAGGUGUGUUGUAAGGUAUGGGUAUAAUAAUGCGAUUGAAGAGGCUCAUGUCUUUGAGCGCCAGUUGGUGGAAGGCCUUAAGAACUUCAUCCGCCAUGAGCACUUUGCUCGAGAAGGAGGGGACACUGAAGCACUGGCUGAAGAAGUACAACAUUCAACUUUACUAGUCAGAGAUGGAAACGCAAGAGUUUCUGCCGAGCUAGUCAAUGGGCCUGGUGCAUCGUCAAGAUCUGUCCGAUCAAGCAAUGGGAUUAGAUCAGUAAAUUCGGGCAACGGAUACCAAUCUGGUGCAGCAGAAGAAGAAAUGCAGUUUGUCCAGAAGGCAAUGGACAAAGGCGUGGUAUACCUUUUGGGAGAAGCGGAAGUGGUGGCAGAAGCAAAAUCAUCCUUGCUUAAGAAGUUUGUGGUCAACUACGCAUACGAUUUCCUAAGGAAAAACUUCAGACAAGGUGAUACUAUUUUUGCAAUUCCAAGAACCCGUCUUCUCAAGGUUGGAAUGACAUAUGAGAUCUGAUUUCAAAGGCUGCUACGUUGCUUACGUUUGUAUAAUAAUAUUGUGUGAUGAAUUGAAAUGUACUUUAAUAAUACUGUAUGGAGGAGGAAUUUGCAUUGUAUGAGUUGAUAUGCGUUCCUCCUUCUUUCUUUUUUUCCCCUCUGGCCUCCAUUUGUUUAACUUGUGGGAUUAUUUUGUAUAAGAAUGGAUUGAAAUUUGUAUAAUCAGGUAGAGAUUUAAUGCGACAAAAGUUUCCCUUGGACGCA